AUGAUGCUGACGAGCAGUAAAGUGAAAGUGAUAAUGCAAAAUUCAUUUAAUCUUUCCCUCGUGAAAGCUACUUAUACAAACAUUAGUGAGCAUUCGGGUAAUGUAGGUUGGAUCAGAUUGUGCACUUCUGGAGGUGGUGACAAUAUUUUGGGGGUGGUGACGGCGGAUAAGUGUUCAUCAGGCUACUGGUUCAAAGACCCAGUGAAGAUUGGGUGUGCUUGUGGUCAUGGCGUAUGGAUAUUUGCUAAAGGAUGGUGUGACAAAGCAGUAAAAGUUAUUGUCGCUUACAACGGCUCAUGCUUCUCGGUGGAUAAAGAUGUUCGAUAUAUCCGGAGCAUAGGAAACCCAUCGAAAGCCUAUAUGCCAUAUCAUUUUCAAUCCACAUCAGGAUUCGAAUACAUACAAGAAUUACCUGCAAAUUUCGAAUAUUCGUAUUAUAGUCCAACUUAUGACCAACAUUUAGGAGCAAUAUUUCCCAUAAAUCAAAUUGAAUCUCUAAAUUCUCGACGCUGUCUCGAAUUCAACACUACAAAGAAAAGCGCCGUGACCAUGAAAUACUACGCAGACAAGCUACCUUAUCGGCAAACUAAUUACUGCUACAAACCUCAUGGACAAAAAAAUUUAUAUGAAUAUGAUGAUGUUUUCGAAAUCAACCAAUUUUUUUCCAUCAGAGAGAAGAGGAAGGACCCCACGAAGCCUUAUGGAAAACUGCCAUCUGGGAGUGGGAAGAAUGACGCCAAAUGCGCCGCCAUGUGCAUCGGCAAUGGGGUUGACCGUGGGGGGAAUGAAACCACAAAAGGGCAGGACAGCACCGUUCCUCCAGAUUACUUGGACCCCUUGAGAGAUGAUUACUUGAUCAUCGAACCAGUUAGCCCCUCUCCUGUUGGGGGUGGAAAUUCCUCCGACUCAAAUUCCACAAACUCGACAGAUUCCACAGCGACUGGACCAAAAAUGCGACUUGAAUUUAAGUUAUUUAAUCAUAAAUCACUUCACGACUGUGAUGGUACGACUCCAAAAUAUAACUUGACUACAAAAACAAUCCGAGAAAUUAAUGAGCAAACCAAGCGAAUGAUUCUGGCCAAUUUGGGAUAUUCCUUAAAAGGAAUUUCUACACCCAAGGUCGGAGUGAAUGACUAUAUUUUAUUGCAAGUUUCGAGAAAAAUUGUGCAAAGUGUGUGCCCCGACGAGGAAGUUCCACACACGGUCCUGACAGGACUGCUGAGAAUGUUCCGAGUUGCGCUUAAAGAAAGUCUUCAAUUUUAUCCGUUUGAGGAUAAAGAUGAAAAUAGAACAUUGGCCAUUUACGAAGGGUUGAAGACCUGUUUAAAUAGUUCAAAGCCUUUUACUUUCAAUUAUGGCAAUUCCUCAGAUCCCGAUGCUAAAUGUCCCACUGCUGAGUUUCGGGAUGUAAGCUAUGAAUAUGGGGGAGGGAAACCCAUAAAUAGGACCAUUCUCACGGAUCUCCCGACCCAAUUAAAGACAGAUUUACAACAGUUGGAUCUUCCGGUGGAGGUAGCGUGGAAAACUUAUCUCUUGACCCAGUACUACUGCAGUCGGCAUUUCACGUUUAAUGCUUCAGAAUACAGUUACUUUUACGACAAAAUAGAAAUGUUUUUCAAUAGGUGGAUACAACAUAGAUGGUACUACCCUGGACCUUCACUCAAGGCUUAUGCGUAUGUGUUUCAAAUGUAUGACUUGAACAAGUUUUCUGAAAACUUGGACAAAUGUGUUGGGGCCUCGAGGAGCUUUUCUAAUAAUAGAAAAUGGAUCAAACGACCACGUUAUGUUAAGCAUUGUGGUGGAGCGACAUUUCAAACUGUGGAUGACAAGAAUCCGAAAUCUAGCCAAAAACCAAAAUUGGACUUUAUCACACCUGAGCUGACAGAGUUCAAACAAAAAGCGUACUGUCUCCCAUUUUGGCAUUCGCCAUCGUCUAAUCCUGGGAUUAAUUACGAUCCUUCAAAGGAGGGAGGUGAGGGUUGUGUUCAGUAUAAAAAAUACGAAUGGGAAGAUGAAGUGACCCCCAACAUUCUGGUUAAUUGGAACAAUAAAAUCUGAUUAAUUAGUUUUCAAU